GGUGUAACUUGAUAUUUCACAUUAAUUUCUAGUAUGGCCCAGAAUCUGCUAUCUAAUCCUGAACUCCUGCAGCAGCUACAGCAAAUGCAACAAACAAUACAACAGAAUGAUGUAUUUAAAACAGAAUUCUUAGUGCAAGAGGGCCUGGAAGAACAAAAAGAUUUGCCUGUUUCCCAACAAAUCCCACAGCAGUCUACUGAACAUGCUGAGCCAGCUACAGUAUUUGGAACCAAUUGUUUAUCAUACAUUCCUGAACCACCACCACAAUUUCCAACUGGGCAAGAAUCUGCUAACAGGUAUCCACCUUUAAGCUAUGAGCAACCCCCCCUGCCUCCCAGCUCUGUGAACUCUGAACAGGACGAUAGCCGGCAUUCAUUUGGUUUAGUGAACAAUAUCUCUCUUCCUCUUGAGGAUCAAGAUGAAAGACAAAGAGUAGCCCAGCACAUUGGAGUAGAGGACAAAGAUGAUAGAGAAAGGUCGGGUUCCAGGUCGAGGUCACCAUCUCGAUCCAACAAAUCUAGGUCUUCUCGUCGACAUAGUAGACGAAGUAGAUCAAGGUCACCCAGGAGACGACGAUCUCGAUCUGGUUCUCGUAGUAGAUCUAGACAUAAGCGAGAAAGAAGAUCUCGAUCUAGAUCACGAGAAAGAGAAAGAGAGCGUGAAAGGGAAAGAAGGAAGAAAGGUUUACCCCCAUUAAAGAAAAAUUAUUUGUGUGUUUGUAGCACCACCUUAUGGCUCGGUCAUGUUCCAAAAAUUGUAUCAGAAGCUGAUAUUCACGAUGCUUUUGCAGAGUUUGGCACUAUAGCAAGUAUUGAUAUGAUUCCUCCCCGAGGAUGUGCUUAUGUUUGCAUGGAUAGAAGACAGGAUGCUUAUAAGGCUCUACAGUCCUUAAAAAAUUUAAAGCUUCAAGGAAGCUCAAUUAAGAUGGCUUGGGCUCCUGGUAAAGGUAUGAAAGGAAAGGAAUACAAAGACUACUGGGAAGUGGAUGUAGGAGUUAGUUACAUUCCCUAUGAUAAACUUCCAGAAAAUGUGGAUCUUGAUUCUCUGGAAGAAGGUGGCAUGAUAGACGAACAGUCAGUGCCCAACAAUUUAAAAGAACAACAAAGAAUAAGACAGAAGGAGAAGGAAGAAGCAAUAAAGCAAGCCAAAGAAGAGGUUAUGAAGAAUCAGGAAAAUGCAGCUAACCAGUCUGUAGCGAAUCUAGUACCAGGACUACCUUCAAUAAACAUGCAGAUGGUUCCUCAGAUGGUACAGCCACAGUUUGGAAUACCAGUACCAGGCAUGGUACCAACUCCAUCCAUGGUAAUCCCUCAGCUGCAAAUUCCAGUGGGAGCUCAUCGAAACCCAGUGAUGAUGAUGUCUCAAAACACACAACCAGUAGUUGGAGGCCAUUCUCUUGCCGUAAUGGGUGGAUUGCCCCCUAUCCCUAGUAUGGCCCCAGUUUCUGUCACUAAUGAUGGAUUACAGCUUCAGCCUUUUAGUACAGCCCAAAAUGUGGUUCAGUCAACACUCCCAUCUCCUAGCACAACAAAUGCUGUCUCUCAGGCCAUGGAUCUUUCAGGAGAUGCUACUCCAACAGAAGAAGAAGGGACUUGUUUGCCCAUAGAAUCUAACAAUAUAGAGAACCAACCCACAACCAUUACCACAACUAGUGGAGAUUCAUCUUCAGGGUCGUCUCUGCCUCAUAUUCCCUCACUUUCAAAUACUAUGCCAACUGCUUCUUCAGUUGAUCAGAUACAUUCAGGAGUUCCUCCUCCAGUUCAAUCAACCAUUCCACGGAUGCCUUUCUUACCUCCUGUUGGAAGCUUUCAACCACUAGCUAGACCCUCUGGACACUUUCAAGGUGGUACAUUACAGGGAGGACCAAUGCCCUGGGGAACAGUGGCCAAUCAGUUACCACCAUCCACAUCAAGUACAGGAGAGACUAAUGCUACAGCCACAGUGGCAGUUCCUUCACAGUUUGGCUCUCCACGCAUACCUUACAGUGCUCCUCACCCUCCCGUUGCAGGUCUUGGUUCACACAUGGCAGGUCCAUACCAAGGUCAAGGACACAAUAAUGUUAGAAUACCAAAUCCAGGUUUUUUUCACAUGAGGCAUCCAUCCCUCUUGUCAAAUAAUAAUUCAGGACAGCAACAACAGGCUGGGCCUCCUGGUGGUUCAGGAGUGCCUCGGUUUCUUCCACCUAGACCAAACUUUCAACCAUCUCAGUUUUCUCUUCCAAGCAGCCAACAACAAAGUGAGACUCAGGAAAAAACAGAGAGUGACAGUGUCCUUCAGCAAAAUUCACCAGAGAAUGAAAGAAAAGUUCUACUUUCUCCUCCACAAACACCUCUUGAUUUUGGUCCAAGACCUAGAGGACCAGCACCACCAGAACAAAUUAACUUUCCUUCACAGCCACCCCUCCUAAGCCCUGUAAGAGGACCUCCACCACGUGGAUUUUCUCCCUAUUGUGGACCUCGACCUAGAAUGGAUUUUAAUGGGCCACGACCAGGAAUGGGACCUGGUCCACGAGGACCACCUUUUGGUUGGAAUCGACCUCGUUUAAACUUUGGAUCAGGUCCUGAUAGAAUGGGACCUCGGGCAGGUUUUCCUCCUCCUAGAGAGUUCUUUGAACCACGCUUUGGCCGACCUGAUUUUAAAGGAAGAUUAAUGAAUGACAGGGAAAAUAUUGAACAGAGGUUUCCUGACCAUCCUCCAUUCCCCAAACCAUGGGAACGAAAUGAAGGUCGGGAUGACCAUGAUUGGCAAAGAGAAAGGGGAAGAACAGGGUCAGAUAGAGAACGAGACUACUGGAGGAAGGAUCGUGGGGAAUACAAUGAGAGAGACCAUGGAAUACAUAAAGAUAGAGACGUGGAUAGGGACUGUAAGGAUCGAGAGAAAAGUUGGGAAAAAACUACUCAACAGAAGCACCCAAGAGAAAAGGAUUCAAAAGAGAAAUGUGAUCAUGAUAGCUCCAAAUCAGGUGGUGAACAGACUUCAAGUGCUCACAGUAAACCUGUACAAAGUGAAGAAAAUGUAAAUGUUCAAGAAAAUGGAGAAAAUAAAUGACAAAAAACAAAGCUACAGUGACAGUCAGAUAGUUUUGAACUUUAAAAUUUGUUAUAAAGACGUAAAUUGCAUCCGUGUACAUUUGGUGAAAUCAAGACAAGAUGCCUUCACUAGCUUGAACUUUCAGAAAAUCAACUAUCUUCAAGGAGAUUCAUUUAAUAGUUAAAUACUGUUUAUGAAGGUUUCAAAACCUAUGUUACAGUAAAAUGCAGGACAUGUUUUUAUUGUGUAUUAUGUUUUUACAUCACUUGAGACAUAGCACUGUUGUUACAAAUAGUUUUGUUAUUAAUGUCAUAAUAAGAAACUGCAACAAUAAAAUUGUUGAAUAGUGAACAUUGGUGUUUAUGUAUAGGUCAGCAUUAACUUUAGAAAUACACAACAUUUUGAAGUGGUUAGAAAAAUUAAUCACAGGUUAGUCUUAGUAAUAAAAGGCAUGUUUUAGUAAAUUAAUAGCCCUAUAAUCUUAUAUGUAAACCAAAAUGUAUGAAGUUUUUGAGCUUUACUAUUGUGCUACUAUAAUCUUGCUGACUUUUCUGGUCAUUGGGUAUUAUUGUUUAAGAGAGCUCUAAUUUUAAUGGUUGAUGUACAAGCAACCACUGAGCCAGAUGUGAGUGAUGGACCUGAAGAGAUUCAAAUUGUACAUUGAAUGAGUGAAAGAUUCCAUAGGAAAUCGACAUCUUUCACACAAUGUCAUGAAGAUGGACAGUAAGAAGUGUAUUCAGUGCACCACAAGGUACUGUUUUUUUUUUUUUCUGUUUGUUUAUUUUCAAAUUGUCUUUACUAAAAUUAUAUAUAGGGCUUGUUUUAUUUUAUUUGUAGAGGUGUGUUUUGAUGCUUUGAAUGUACCCUAUACUUCUAGCUAUUGCCUAUUGUAGCAUUAAAUAUGCUCUCAUUUA